AUGGCCGACUACCUUCUCUUCGAGAGCCCCAUUGGCUACUCGCUUUUCAAGGUCGCCCUCCAGGGUGAUGCUGUUGGCAACCGCCUGAAGGAAGUCCAGGAGGGUGUCAAUGAUCUUGCCAAGUUCGGAAAGAUGAUUGACCUCGCCAGUUUCCUUCCCUUCGAAAACAACAAGCAGGCUCUUGGUGAAAUCAACGAUGUCUCUGAGGGUGUCGCCUCCGAGACCCUUGUUUCUUUCCUCGAAUUGAACCUCCCCAAGCCGAGUAAGAAGAAGAAGGUUGUGCUGGGUCUUUGCGACAAGGGUCUUGCUGGAAGCAUCAAAUCUGCCUUCGAUUUUGUCGAAUGCGAGACCGGUGACACUAGCGAGGUUGUGCAGGAUCUUCUCCGUGGUAUUCGCCAGCACUUCAGCAAGCUGGUUCAGCAGCUCCGUGAGGGUGAUAUGGACACCGCCCAGCUCGGUCUCGGUCACGCUUACUCGCGUGCCAAGGUUAAGUUCUCCGUUCAGCGUGACGACAACCACAUCAUCCAGGCUAUUGCUAUCCUCGAUCAGCUUGAUAAGGCCAUCAACACUUUCUCCAUGCGUGUUCGCGAAUGGUACUCGUGGCACUUCCCCGAGCUGGCCAAGAUUGUCUCUGACAACCAGCGCUACGCCGAAAUUGCACUCUUUGUCCAGGACAAGAAGAACCUGAGCGAUGAACGCCUACACGACAUCGCUGCCCUCGUGGAGGACGAUAAGGAUGUUGCCCAGAACAUCAUUGAUGCCGCUAAGCACAGUAUGGGUCAGGAUAUCGCUGACUCCGACAUGGAGAACGUCACUUCCUUCGCCGGCCGCGUUGUCAGCCUUGCUAAGUACCGCAAGUCUCUCUACCAGUACCUCGUCUCCAAGAUGAGUGUCGUUGCCCCCAACCUUGCUGCCCUGAUCGGAGAGGUUGUUGCUGCUCGCUUGAUCUCCCACGCCGGUAGCUUGACCAACCUGUCCAAGUACCCCGCCUCGACCGUCCAGAUUCUGGGUGCCGAGAAGGCUCUUUUCCGUGCCCUGAAGACCAAGGGUAACACCCCCAAGUACGGUCUGCUGUACCACUCUUCCUUCAUUGGCCGCGCUGGUCCCAAGAACAAGGGUCGCAUCUCGCGUUUCCUUGCCAACAAGUGCUCCAUCGCGUCCCGUAUCGAUAACUUCUCUGAUGAGCCCAACACCAAGUUCGGUGAGGCCCUGAAGCACCAGGUUGAGGAGCGCCUGGAGUUCUACGCCACCGGCGCUGCCCCUACCAAGAACGAAGUUGCUAUGAAAAACGCCAUGGAUGCCGUUCUGGCUGGUAUGGAUGAUGUGAAUGGCAGCGAUGUGGAGAUGGAGGAUGUUUCCCCCAAGAAGGAGAAGAAGGAGAAGAAGGAAAAGAAGGAGAAGAGCGACAAGAGCGACAAGAAGAAGAAGCGCAAGUCCGAUGUGGCCGAGGCCGAGCCUGAGAAGAAGAAGAAGCGCAAGCACGACACUGAUGCUGAGCCUUCGAAGAAGAAGCAGAAGGCAUAA